CAGCGAAACAGUCAUUAUCAUCACAUAUCUUCAACAUAAGGAAAAGCUUCCUCUUUGGAAGGGUUUUAUUUGCUAACCUCGGGCAGAGGGUGACUCCUACUCAGAGUCAACAUUUUGAGUCAAUAGAUAGUUCCUUCUCUCGUAAAGUAGAGACUGUUGGGCAAAUGUGCGCCAUAAGUGACCUAGUGCUAGCGUUGUAGCCUAGGAGCCUGCUCAGAGAGCGAGCUUCAGAGGCUAGUGCGAGCUAACGCUAGCAAAAGCUAGCUAAACUAAAACCAAAUCCGUGAGAUUAUAACUGUAUUCACCGAAAACAUCAGGCGACGGGAGUAACCGUUGAUGUUAUAUCUGCAGGAGAUGUCAAGAAGCAGCAGCAUAAGUGGGAGGGUUCUGUGAAAAGAGCAAGAAGAGGAAGGAUAACACGUGGACUAUAAUCAGGAGUCAUGAAUCUCCAUCAGGUCCUUACGGGAGCUGUCAACCCUGGAGACAACUGUUUCUCUGUAGGAAGCGUAAACAAUGUGCCAUUCACGGCCUAUGCAUCAGGUUGUGACGUGGUGAUUUUGGGCAGUGAUUUUGAGCGGCUGCAGAUCAUCCCAGGGGCCAAACAUGGCAACAUACAGGUCGGCUGUGUCAACUGCUCAUUGCAGGGUGGACAGAUUGCAGCUUCCUAUGGAAGCAUUGUGUGUGUCUUUGAGCCUGUUCAGCAACCAGAUCAAAAAGACGCAUCGUUGACCAAAUUGAACUGCCAAUGGCAGAAGACUGGUCAAUUUGUAUUACAGUCUAUAGUACGGAACCUAGCAUGGCACCCUACAGGUUGCACUCUCCUAACAGGCUCUAGUAGCCUGCAGUUGUGGUCUAAUGUUGAUGGAGUAAAGGACGAAGCUGAUGAAACGGGGCAGCCGGCAGAAAUGAUUAUAAGAGACUGCCGUUCUGCCUGGAGGUGUAUCUGGCAGAGCAAGACUGCUUCUCCAGUCAAUUUAAUGAAGUUCUCUCCUGACGGUGAGUUCUUUGCCACAGCUGGUCAGGAUGAUUGCCUAAUAAAGGUUUGGUACAGCACCAGUAAGUGGAAGAUGGGUGUUACCACACUCUUUACACCUCCAGACGUCAAUAUGAGUGACCCGGGAGAGCUGGCCUUCUCCUUUAUCUACCUGGCUCAUCCCCGCUCUGUCACCAGUUUCUCCUGGAGGAAGACCAGCAAGUACAUGCCACGGGGCGCAGUGUGUAAUGUGCUGCUCACCUGCUGUAAGGACAGUGUAUGUCGGCUGUGGGCAGAGACGCUGUUGCCAGGUGACAGCCUCUUAUCUGGUCACCAUAAAAACAAUUCUUCUGGCCAACACAGUGAAACGCUUAAAUCUUCUGCUGGCCUCUCAAAGAAAAACGGCUGCAAUGGGAAGACACACGGACAAGCUUCACAAGAACUGGAUUUUCAAGAAUCGCGGCACUAUCGGGACAUACCUCAGCUAUCAUGGACCGGCGGCCUGCCUCACCUUCAAAGUGGACACUGUAACCACAAGAAGAGCAGCAAUAACAUGCCCCAUGCCAAUGCUCUCUGCCACUUUCACAUUGCUGCCAGCAUCAACCCAGCCACAGACAUUCCCCUGUUGCCCUCCAUCUCCUCUCUGAACGCUGUGGAUGAUGAGGAACCAGGAGGCCCAUUUUCUGUCCACUGGCUCAACAACAAAGAGCUUCACUUUACUUUAGCCAUGGAAGUCUUUCUGCAGCAGCUUCGAAUUAGUGUAGAGCAACAGAACGAGUGCUCCAAUGAAGAGCCUGAAAAUGAAGAUGACUUUGAAGAAGAGGAGAACAGACUAAGUGAACCCCAAGGACCAGGAACUGUGGAGCUGCCUCUGGCAGCAGUGGAGCACCAGUUGGAUGUGCUGUUAGAGGAGUGGAAUAAAGGGGCUGACAUGCUGUUCAGUAUUCAUCCCAUGGAUGGCUCUUUGUUGGUCUGGCAUGUGGACUGGUUAGAUGAAUACCACCCAGGCAUGUUCAGACAAGCUCAGGUGUCGUUUGCAUCCCGCAUUCCUGUAGCGUUCCCCGCAGGUGACGCCAUCUCCCUGAGCCAAAGUGUGGUAAUGUAUGCCUGCAACAAGAACGUGGAUCUAGCUAUCCAACAUGGCAGACAGCGACCGCCUGGGAGCACAUUGCCUCAAGCCAAAUCUGCUCUAAUAAGCUACGGAGGUCAAGGAAAAUCUGCACCCAGCAGUAGUCUCCGAUUAAGCAUAUUCACCCCCAAUGUCCUUAUGAUCUCCACACAUGCUGAUGGCUCUUUAAACCAGUGGGCAGUCAGCUUUGCAGAGGACUCUGCUUUCUCGACUGUGCUCAGUGUCUCUCACAAGUCACGGUACUGUGGUCACCGCUUUCACCUCAACGACCUGGCCUGUCACUCGCUGCUCCCUCUUCUCCUCACCACCUCACACCACAAUGCCUUGAGGACUCCAGAGGCAGACAGCAUCUUGGUUCCUCCAGAGGCCUCCUCCUCUGGUUUUUCUCAUUCUGCAUCUCUAUCUCGUGGGUCACGACCCACGCGGGUGUCCCUGGGUAUGGUUUCCCAGGAUCCCAAUGCGAUCUACAGUGAGCUGAUUUUAUGGAGAGUGGACCCCGUUGGCCCGCUGUCGUUGUCAGGCGGGGUCUCGGAGCUUGCUAGAAUCAAUUCUCUCCAUGCAUCAGCAUUUGCUAAUGUAGCCUGGCUGCCCACGCUCAUUCCCAGCAGCUGUUUAGGUUUGUACUGUAACUCUCCCAGUGCCUGCUUCGUGGCAAGUGAUGGCCAAUCACUCAGGCUUUAUCAGGCUGUCAUUGAGGCUAAGAAACUUCUGAGUGAGCUCUCCAAUCCGGAAAUAUCAAAAUAUGUUGGGGAGGUUUUCAACAUUAUCAGUCAGCAGUCCACAGCAAAACCAGGGUGUAUUAUAGAACUGGAUGCCAUUACUGACUUUCAGGGGAAGGAGACACAGCUCCUGCAUGUUUUUGAGGAACAUCUGAUUCUUGGCACUGAGAUAACGGAGAGCAUACAUGAAACUCCCGACUCUCCUCGCAUGGCCUCCAGUAAACCAGCCUUCUCAGCCCGCUUUUUUCUGGUGGUGGUAGAAUUAAGCCCAACAGGUCGCUCACUGCUCCACAUGUGGCAUCUCCAUCUUGCUGCUCGACCUGUCACUAUGGAGGAGACUGCAGCUCAUAAGGAUCUCACCACGACUUCUCCCUUGAACGGCUCUCAGUUUGUCUAUGACGCAUCCAGUUCUCCAGUAACUCAGAAGAGUAAAUCCUGCACUUCCAAUCUGCAGAGUGCCUGUCGUCUCAGCCUCACAACACACAGGCUGUACAGCCAAGAGCUGGCUCUUCCAGCAGAAGUGGAAGCCAUCAGUGUUACUCCCUCGGCAGGUCACCUGAGUGCGUCAUGUUCUCUUCCAGCCGGCCACGUGCCUUAUCUCCUUGCUACUUCCUGUUCUGAUGGUAAGGUGCGCUUCUGGAGGUGUAAUGUCAUGACAACAGAACCCCCCACUGUGGACAACUUGGUGUACCAGUGGGAGGAAUGGCCUCUCCUGGUGGAGGAAAAACUUCCCAGCAGCAGCGCAGUAAGUGUGCCAGGCCGGCCCAUUGAGGUCAGCUGCUGUCACGCUGGACGGUUUGCAGUUGCCUACAAGCAGAUGCCUAGCACACCUCUGAACCUAUCUCCUCAUCUGAAUGCUCAUGGACCUCUGGCUUCUCCUCCUGCUUCUGCAUCUUCCCCAUUUGUAAACUACAGCACCACCAACACCUACCUGACCCCGACCCUUAAUGUGCCGCAUAGCCCAAAACCCAUUCACAGCCCUAAUGCAAGCACUCGAGAGCCACUGGUCCACAUUGGCAUCUUUCAGUGUGAGUCCACUGGUGGUUCGCAGUGGAUUCUGGAGCAGACCAUAGUAUUGGACAAUACAGACCCCAUGUCCAGCUAUCCUUUAAGUAGUAGUACCACUGCAAGUGCCAGCAUUCCAAGUAACAUGGAUUUAUCCAUACGAAACGAGAACUGUCUUGGUUCUACUGGUAAGAGUCUGGUUCACUUGGACUGGGUUUCCCAGGAGGAUGGAUCACACAUUCUGACAGUUGGCAUUGGGACAAAGAUAUAUAUAUAUGGUCGUCUGUCUGGAAAGCCUCCAGAUCUGGGAGUGUCUUCUGAUGCUAAUAGAGACCAAAGCUUGUCUCGCCUGGUUCUGCUUCGAUCGGUCAGUCUGUUCUCCUCUGUCGAAGGCUCACCACCUAUCCCAGUCUCCCUGUCCUGGGUACGAGAUGGAAUCUUGGUAGUUGGCAUGGAGUGUGAAAUGCACGUGUACUCUCAGUGGCAGCCUCCAGCACCACCCAAACCGACUGUCACAGUUGCCCAGGACAAAGACAUCAGCAGCAGUGUUUCCUCCAUAAUCUCAGCUGUCAGACAGUGCCAGGAGGAGGGUCUCAGCCCUGGGGCCCCCACUUCUUCACUGACUCUUCCCAAAAAGACCCUGACACGAUCAAUGACGAGUCUGGCUCAGAAGCUCAGUGGGAAGAAAACCGCUUAUGACUUACCUGUAGAAAUGGAAGAUUCUGGUCUUUUUGAAGCAGCUCACCAACUUUUUCCAACUCUACCCCAAUACCACCCUGUACAGUUGCUAGAGCUUAUGGACCUAGGGAAGGUUCACCGUGCCAAAGCUAUCCUCUCCCAUCUCGUGAAAUGCAUUGCUGGAGAAAUCGUAACACUUCAAGACAGUUCCACCAGUCCCGAAAAACGUGUGCGGUCUCGAACCAUCAGUGUUGGGGGCAGCACAGCCACAGAUCAGAAGAUGUUCAGCAAAGCAGAGAACUCGUCCGCUGACUACACAGAGAUAAGCUCUAUCCCUCCACUGCCUCUUUAUGCCCUUCUAGGAGCUGAUGACGACACACCAAAACCUGAUAAAGUGGGCAGUGUGAGUGGAGAUAGUGGGCAUGGUUCCAGCCACACCGAUGCUUAUGAUGAGCUCUUUCACACACCCAACGUGAUGGAUCUGGACCCCCUGGACAAUGAUCAAGAGAAAACAGGAAAUAAGGUUAUAGACCUGUCCCAGUACAGUCCUACAUACUUCGGCCCAGAACACGCCCAGGUUCUGUCCAGCCAUCUCCUCCAUUCCAGUUUGCCAGGAUUAACUCGUAUGGAGCAGAUGUCUCUCAUGGCACUGGCUGACACCAUUGCUUCUACAAGCAUAGACCUCAAUGACAGCCAGGGCAAGAGCAAAGGGGGAGAGACAUUGGAUGAGUGCGGUCUGAAGUUCUUGCUAGCUGUCAGACUUCACACUUUCCUCUCUACUUCGCUGCCUCCAGCCCACAGAGCACAACUACUGCGGCAAGGCUUGUCAACAUGUCACUAUGCCUGGGGUUUCCACUCUGAAGCUGAGGAAGAGCUCCUGAACAUGCUACCUGCAAUGCAAAAGGGAGAGCCAACCUGGCCUGAGCUGCGCUCAAUGGGUGUUGGCUGGUGGCUUCGCAGCACUAACAAGUUACGCAGAUGCAUUGAAAAGGUUGCCAAGGCUUCUUUUCAGAGAAAUAGUGAUCCUCUGGAUGCAGCUAUAUUUUACCUUGCACUGAAAAAGAAGGCAGUGGUUUGGGGACUGUACAGGUCUCAGAAGAAUGCUAAAAUGACAGAGUUUUUCCACAACAACUUCAGCGAGGACCGGUGGAGAAAAGCAGCAUUGAAAAAUGCCUUUUCUCUGCUGGGAAAGCAGCGGUUCCAGCAUUCUGCAGCCUUCUUCCUUCUAGCCGGCUCCCUUAAGGAUGCUGUGGAGGUGUGUAUAGAGAAAAUGCAGGACCUCCAGCUAGCGUUGGUGAUCUCAAGGUUGUAUGAGUUUGAGUUUGAGACGGCAUCCACCUACAAAAAGAUCCUCCAGAGACAUGUUUUAGGACAAGACAAACAGAUUCCGGCACACCAGGACCCAUUUCUGCGGAGCAUGGCUUACUGGGUCCUGGAGGACUAUAGCAAAGCCUUGGAUACUCUACUUGAACAAAAAGCUAACAUUGCCAGAUCUGGGUCUGCUGAGAACCAAUAUGACACUGGUACCUCUUCUGUGUCGGCAUGUAACCCUGAGGUUUUCAACUUUUACACCUACCUGCGUACUCACCCACUCCUCCUUCGCCGGCAUUUUGGCUCAUCAAACAAGGCAAAAGUUGGUCUGACUGCUGAGGUUCGCAGAGCUGAAUCCAUCAGCCUGGAUGAGAGAAGACUGUUUUUCACAGCUGCAUAUGCACAUUUGCAUGCAGGCUGCCCUAUGCUUGCACUCGAAGUCCUCUCCAAGAUGCCCAAAGUCCGCAAGCAUUCUAGACCCCAGGAUGAUACAGGCAACACUGCUGAGCUCAGUGUUGGGAGUAGGAACGGACAAGCAUCGGACCCGGAUUGGUCUCAGUCAGCUCUGAAUGGCUACGAGUCAGAGGGCAACAGCUUAUCAAACAGCCGGUCGGAUUCAGUGUUAAGUUUCGAUUGGAGCCAGCCGUCAGUGGUAGUUCCAGAUGAGCCCCUAGAGCUGAAAUGGGAUAGCGACAAAGAUGAUGAAGAAAAUGAUGAGGAUGAGGAAGAAGAAACUAAAAAUGGCAAGAGUGGCAGCGGUAGUGUGUUCCACGAACCAGUAUCUCUGGUUGAGGAGAGCGAGGACAGCAAUGAUUACAUUGAACCGUCUGAUGACAUCCUGGUGACUCAACUGAAAUUUGCAGCGUGCUUGAAGAUUAUGACCAAUGAGCUCCGGACACUGUCAACAGGGUACGAACUGGAUGGAGGAAAGCUACGUUACCAGCUCUGCCUGUGGUUAGAAAGAGAGGUGGGGGCUCUCCAGCAUUGCUGCAGCUAUAAGCGUUGCCUGCCAGAGCUGUCGGUCCAGGGUGAUGUCCCUGUUUCUGGGUUAGUGGAGGAGGAGCAGCCUGGGAGCCCCCGUGGUGACGGCCACAGGAGCAGGAGACACUGGCUGCAGAGUAACCAGCCCUUACUGAGGAUGUUUCUGAGUUACUGCAGCUUGCACGGCUCACACGGAGGAGGUCUGGCCUCUGUACGCAUGGAGCUCAUACUGCUGCUUCAAGAAUCUCACCAGGAUGACUUCAUCCAAUCUGUGGUGACGGUGACUUCACAGCCCACCUCCAUCCCUCUUUUGAUGGCUUGUACAACCAAUGUAAAGACAGUGGUGGCUAAUCCACUUGUCUAUUUGACCAACCUGACUCACGACAUCCUGCAAACCAUCAGUGCACUCGACUCUCCUCCACAUCCAGAUGUUGUUACCAACGAGAUCUAUGUGAUGCACACACUGGCAGCCUCCUUGUCUGCCUGUAUAUAUCAGUGUUUGUGUGAUGGACACACAUACAGCCACGUGAACCAUUUCACUGGGACUGUGUACCAGAGUGUUUUGCUGUCUCAGAAGCAGCCUCUCAAAACUAUAAGCAUGGAUGAGUCUGUUCAGCCCAACACUUCUCCUGCACAGUGGCCAGGUAUCGCCUCUUUGAUUCGUCUGUUGAGCUCAGCAGGUGAGGAAAGCCAGCCAGGCUUAGCUGUGCUGCUGUGUGAGAUCCUGACUGCUGUCUUCCUCAGUCUGUUUGUUCACGGCAUGGCCACUCACUCCUGCAACGAGCUGUUUCGCAUCAUGGCACACCCACUCAACAGCAAGCUUUGGGUGACAGUGUUUGGAGGAGGCGCUCGAAUCCCUGUCAUCGAAAAACUCAGCAGUCCAACAAGGACACCCCCACCAGCCUCACCAAGUGGCACAGACAGGAAGUCCAAACGAUUCAGGCUUCUCUCAUCACGUAGCGGAUCCAAGGAAGAGUCUGGGAUAGAGAGGGAGGGACCAUUGAGUCCAAAGCACCAUGUCCCUGUUGUGGAACAGGAAGCUCCCUCUAUCUUUAAAGAACAGUUCGUCCCUCCAGAGCUCAGCAUUUGGGAUUACUUCAUCGCAAAGCCUUCGCUACCACCGUCAGAAAACAGAGUUGAUUAUGACUCCGAGGCGAGCCAGGGCAGCGAAGAUGAAGACGACGACGACGAUGAAUAUGAUGAUGUGUUUGAUCCCAACUCACCGCAAAGGGAGCAUUCAAACCACAAUUCGUACAGUUGGUGUUUGAUGCGGCUGGCCAUGGUUCAGCUGGUGCUGGCCAAUCUCAAGUCCUUCUACCUUACGGCAGGAUAUGAUUUGUUAGACCUGCCUGUGGCCUCUCCUUUGUGUCAUGCUGUGCUGAAGACGCUGCAGCGGUGGGAGCAGGUGCUGCAGAAAAGGCUGGAGAUCUUCGGGGGCCCCCCUUCCAAGUAUAUCUCCACCCACCUCCAUGAUGAAAUUGCCACACCUGGCCCUGCCCUCCUCAGGCACAAAGCCCUAUUUGAAGCAUCAAAUACCCCUUUCAGGUCCAGCCACCACUCGGCGCUGCCAGUUAAACGUUUAUGGCACUUUUUGGUGAAGCAGGAAGAAGUGCAGGAGACCUUUAUCAGAAAUAUCUUCACAAAGAAACCGGGCACACAUCAGUCGGUUGAGGACCAGACUGACAAUAUGAAAUGUUCAGGGAUGGACGAGACAGAAAACAAUCAGACCGAGUCAGAUCUGGGCAGCCCUGGAGGAAAAGCACGCAUCAUCCACAAGGAAUCUGACAUCAUCACAGCCUUUGCCAUCAACAAGGCCAAUCGUAACUGUUUAGUCAUGGCCUCCACACAUGACAUUCAGGAGUUGGAUGUGUCAUCCAUCUUGGCUACUCAGAUCUUGACAUGGAUCGAUGAUGACGAGGCUGAAGCCAAAGGUGUGGGUGGUGACGACUUCCUGGUGGUCCAUACACGCGAUGAUUUUGCCGCCCUCCAUGGCACCACGCCGUACACCCACAGUAACCCUGGCACUCCUAUCAACGUACCGUGGCUAGGAGGCGUGCAGACGGGCAGAGGUGCCGCCGUGAUGAUCAAGAGAAAUAUCAACAAUGUGCGAAGAAUGACCUCCCAUCCCACACUGCCGUACUACCUGACAGGAGCUCAGGAUGGUAGCGUGAGGAUGUUUGAAUGGGGUCACUCCCAGCAGAUCAUCUGCUUCCGAAGUCCAGGCAACUCCAGAGUCACCAGGAUACGAUUCAACCAUCAAGGAAACAAGUUUGGGAUUGUGGAUGCUGAUGGAGCCUUGAGUCUCUGGCAGACCAACACAAGCGGGACUACACCGAAACCAUACCUGACUCUGCAGUGCCACAACAAGACAGCUAAUGACUUUCUCUUUGUGGGCUCUUCCUCCCUCAUCGCCACUGCGGGUCUUUCAACAGACAACAGGAAUGUGUGUCUGUGGGACACACUAGUGACUCCUGCUAACAGCCUUGUGCAAGCUUUCAGCUGCCACGAGUCCGGUGCCACCGUGCUCUCUAUGGCCCCCAGGCAGCAGCUGCUUAUCACAGGCGGGAGGAAGGGCUGGAUCAGCGUGCUGGAGCUUUCCCACAAGCACCAGCGGCAGAGCUUCCAGGCCCAUGACUCGCCGGUCAAAGCACUAGCCGUCGAUCCAACUGAGGAUUGCUUUAUCAGUGGAUCAGCUGAGGGCAACAUUAAGGUUUGGAGCCUGAACACGCAUAGCCUCCUUUACACCUUUCCCAACGAACACGCUCGCCAGUCGCUGUUCAGGAACCUCGGCACAGGUGUGAUGCAGCUCGAAGUGGGACCAGCUAACUACAUCUUCUCCUGCGGCGCCGACGGUACCAUGAAGAUGAGGAUCCUCCCGAACCGCUUCAGCGUUACGAACAACAACCACGGCAACCUCAAGAACGAUGUGAAAUUCUUCAUAUAGACAGAAAAGUGUGGCAUUAAAACAGUUUAUGUGA